AUGCCGACGAAAGAUUCCGUCGAGCGUCCCAUCAAGGGACCCAAGCCGGCGUCGAAGUCGUCGAAGCCGGCGUCAAAGUCGUCGAAGCCGACCUCGAAGACGGCGAAGCCGGCCUCCUCGUCCAAGGCAGCCGGAAUGGACAAGCCGAGCUCGGCAUCGAAGAAGAAUGCCGCCUCUACCGCCGGCAACGAAGAGGCGAUCGAUAAGGAGACGCUUCCCGCAGAGGAGGCAGCAAAGCCAGAGCCAGAGCAUGCCAGGACAAGCGAAGGAGCCCCCGCCGAGAAGAAGCGAGGCGGGAAGCGUGCCCAUCAAGACCUGUCCGACGUCGAGAUGGACGACGCCGCGACACAGCUCCCCGACAUCAAGUCGGCCCGCCGCGGUGCCGGCGCGAGGGGUCGAGGGCGAGCCUCCCUGGAGCCUUCGAGCGACGUCGACGAGGGCAGGCCCGUGGCCAAGCGCCCACGACGACGCACGACGCCCCUCGUCGGCCCGCUCAAUGCGCUCCCGCUGCCCAUCGAUCCGGUCCACGCCUCGGACGUCAGUGAGGGCAUCGCUGUCCAGGUAUCCCACGGGGCGCUUCCGACCACCAACAGAGGCGACGUUCUCCUCCGGAAGCUCUUCGUGUGGGGCUCGGGCGACUGCGGGCAGCUUGGCCUGGGUCCUACGGAUGCAGCGAAUCCCAACAAGCUCACUAAAGCGAAGCCGUUCGGAUCGAAGGUCAUCUCGCAGAUGAUCGACGCCGGCGCCCUCGGACACGGCGGCGUCGAGGUGAUUGCUGCGGGCGGCAUGCACUCCGUCCUCAUCGAUGCAAAAGGCAGCAUGCUCACCACCGGAUCCGACGACUACGGCACUCUCGGACGCAAGCACAGGGGCCCGGCCGACGAAGCCGAGGACGCAUACUACUCGUUCGCCCCGGUCGAGGGCAUCUCGCCCACCGGCCGCGGCAUCGUGCCCGGCGACGACGGCGGUGCGGAGGGCGACGUGGAGCGCUAUCGCGCGACGCGAGUCGCAUCGGGGGACGCGGUUAGCGUCUCACUCGACGACCGCGGACGCCUGCGCAGCUGGGGCCACUUCAAGGACGGCGAGGGUGCCGUCUGCUUCUCCGACUCGGACGCCGACGGCUGCAACCGCGAGCAGUGGCACCCGAUCCCGGUGCCGGGCACCGAGCACGUGCAGUUUGCCCAGGUCGCCUGCGGCGAGAAUCAUGUGCUGGCGCUCACGCUCGAUGGGCAAGUCCUGUCCUGGGGCGUCAACGUGUGCUCCCAGCUGGGCCGCGCCGCCAACCUCAGGAAGGCUUCCACCAAGUUUACGAAGCGCGAAGCGCCCAAGGACUGCCUCCUGACGCCCGCGCCAAUCCCCGGCCUUAGCGACUGCAAAGCGAUCUUCGCCGGCCUGUCCAACGGCUUCGCCGUGACCAAGUCCGGCAAGAUCUUGGCAUGGGGUCUCAACACCAAGGGCCAGACUGGAACUGGCCUCAAGGCGCCCAAGGUCGCCACGCCGCACGCCAUCGCCGCGCUCAGCCCUGCGCGCCACGACGGCGCCCAAGUGGUGUCGAUCGUCAGCGGCAACUUCCACACCGCCUUCCUCCUCUCGAACGGAGAGGUGUACACGUGCGGCGACAGCGACGAGGGCAAGCUGGGCCUGCCGAGCUCGCACCCGGCGCUCAAGGACGCGACGGCAUCGCAGCCGGUCGUGGUGCGCGAGCCGCAGCUCGUCGCCUUCCCGGAUCCGCCGGCGUGGGCCCCUGAAUCGGCCAAGACGGCGGACGGCAAGACCAAGAUCGUGGCGCUCUCUGCCGGUAUGCGGUUCACGUUGGCCCUGGCCGCCGACGGCACUCUGUACUCGUGGGGCACCACAUCGGAUGACGCGAUGGGCCAGCCGGCGGAGGAAGAGGGAGGCGACCAGAGCAAGGACACGCCGACGGCCGUUGCAAUGCCCGGCCAGGCCGGCGCGUGGCGCAUCAUGGCGGCGGCGACGGCGGGCCAGCACUCGCUGGCGCUGGCCGUCAAGCCGCCGCAGGAGGACGACUAG